UUCCGGCCGGCCAUCUUGGUAAGGGGACAGCCGAUAGUAGCGAGCAAACAACGCUCGGCUGUUACAUUUCAAAGUCUUUUCCUCUGUUUAUAUUGUGUGGUAUUGAUCAUUUCCACGCCCGCACAUGUAACCAAGCGUGUGAGGACGCUUUUGAUGAUACACAAGUUAACGUGAGGAAGAACAACAGACGGAACAGGGCUCCCAAAUCGCACUGCAAGCUGGUCGUGUCGAGAUCGCACCUGGAACAGAUAUCGGCUGCUGAAGGUGGUAUCCAGCCCUUAAUCAUCCAAGUUGGAAUUUUACUGUAGACCUCUUACUCACACUGCCUGUCUACAAGACGUCCAGGCGACUUAAGUUUCCUAAGACUUGUCGUCUGGUCUUGAUUAGGAUUGGAACUGAUCGAGGUUUGUGUCUGACAAAAUCCGGAUAGCUAGCUAUGGCGGGGAAGGGGAACAUGUCCGGUAGGAACAGCGUGAUCGUCAGGCCGACUAACGAGAUGACCGACGACGAGCUGCGAAGGGCCGGCCCGGAGGAUGUCAUCCGCCGCCUACGAGCCACCGAGGAGGAAAAGGUGAAGUUGAUGUCCGAGCACGGGAACCUCAUGAGGGAAGUCAACAAACGAAUGCAGGUCCAUCUCUUGGAGAUCCGCGGGCUGAAGGAGGUCAACCAGCGACUUCAGGACGACAACCAGGAGCUGCGGGACCUCUGCUGUUUCCUGGACGACGACCGCCAAAAGGGACGUAAACUUGCCCGGGAGUGGCAGCGUUUCGGCAGGUACACAGCAACGGUGAUGCGGCAGGAGGUCGCCGCGUAUCAGACAAAACUGAAAGAGCUGGAGACGAAGCAGGACGAACUGAUCCACGACAAUAUGGAACUGAAGGAACUCUGUCUGUACCUGGAUCGGGAGAGGGAGGGAUCGCGGUCCUCCAUCUGCUCGCAGUGCAGUGUGCGGGAGUUAAACGGGAACGGCAGCACGGCUAACAGAGAUCAAGGAGAUGGUAGCAGUAACAACUCACUGACACCAGAGCAUGACGCACAGGGAGGAAUCAAUGGUUUGAAUGAGCAAACCCUGCAGUACAUCCGUCGUCUGGAGGAGAGGAUACGGCUGAUGGAGGAGGACAGGAAACAACUGCUGCAGAAACUGGAUAGGGUGGGGAACCUGGACAGGAGGUUUUUUGCCUCCCCCAGGGUCAGCACACCCAGUCCCAGCGCUCCCAGAAGCGGAUCUGUCACACCUGUUAUGAAUCCUCAGUAUCAGAGAUAUCAGGGUUCCUCGUGGCAGGGUGACCACCUCUCGUCUGCGCUGCCCCAGAAGCCAGAGGCAGUGGUGCAUGCCAUGAAGGUGUUGGAGGUACAUGAGCAGAUGGACAAGCUGGACAGGGAGACAGAGGAGUACAAUGGGGAGCUGAGUGAGAAGGAGAAGGCUAUUGUCAGAGAGAUGUGUAAUGUGGUUUGGCGUAAGCUGGGUGACAGGAAGCCUGCAGCAAACGGGAAGGAUGUUCCCGUGAGAGACACAGAACCACCUCCACCCAGGAGAUAGACAAACAGCACGGACCAGGUCUCCUCUUCAUGCAGACUUGUGGCUGAUCCCAGAGGAGAAGAGUGUGUGUCAUAUCUGGGGAUGUUGUGUCAAGUUCAUUUCAAAAUAUCCCAAACACUCCACAGCAGGGAGAAAAUGUGUUGAUUUUCUCCAUAUGUAAGUGUACAUCUAUUGAAGGCACAUCAACUUGAUCCCCCCAAAAACAGAGUCUGAUGUAUACCAUAAGUCUGCAUGUAGAGGGGUCCUAACUGAAAAUUGUACCUAUUUUAUAGCUGCAUUUUAAAGUGAUAGUAGACAAUUUGCCAAUGAGCUGAUGCAACAUGAAGAUUUGACAACAUUUAGGUCUCUGUAAUGUUGGUAACAUUUAUACAAACUGCAGUUUCGAUCAAGUGAAAACUGAAUGAAGAUAUGUAAGUGAUUGGACACAAAAUGCUUCAUAGAAAGUAUGUGUUGCAGAAGUUGUGGUGAGUUUUAACUUUAAAUUCUAGUUGGAAAUUUGUCUUGUGUAACAAGGUGAGGAAGGUGGUGUAGUAGACUAAACCCUGAUGAGGUGUGCAUGCAUGAACAAAGCAGAUUUUGUCAGACUUUGGUAGUGAUGCACAGAAGGGUUGGUAUUGAGGGCACAUGUACAGAGUUUUGUAUUAAAUGGUAGGUAAGAUUGUGAAUAACCAGUGUCUAACCUCAUGAACCAAUGGAACCAAGAGAAGUCUUCACAUCCCACAGUGCCAUAGUGCAUCAGUGUUCAAACUGGGGACAUGCAGGGUACUGUGAACAGGCUGAUUUUACAGACUUCAUGAAAAGAAUUCUUUUUCAACUAAGAAUGGUUGACUUUAUGCAGAAAUGCACUUGAUGUCAUAGCUUACUGUCAACUGUGCCAAUAGUAGCUGUUACUAUCUAUUGUAGUGUUACAUGAUAACUUUUGUUGUGAAUAGCAGUGCCAUACAUAUCUUAUAAUUACUGUUGUGUCUGUACUGUUGGUUACUUAAAAUUUCUGUUACUUGUCAUAAAUAUUAGGUGAAAUAUAUGAAACUUAAAGACUGGUAGAUACGCUGAAAUUAUUGCUGAAUUUCAGUUGUAAAAUGCAAAAGUUGUGCAACCUACAUGUAAGUUACUUGUUGCCAAAAAUUUGAACCUCCCACGGUGUCCCACCACUGAAAGUGUACCACCAUACCCUGUCUUAACGACAUUUGGUCUUUGUCAACUGUGCAGCUAGUCAUUCAGUCAUGUUACUAGAAUAUUGUUAUUGUAUUGCAGCACUACAUUGUAAAUACAUUGUAAUUUGUAUCUUAAGUAAGAUUUGCAUUUAUCCACCAAUGUAUAUGUUCAGUGUAUGUGAACUUUAUCUACCCAUGUUAAUUUGCAGGAGAAAUUUGCAUUGUGCUUGUGUUCCCCUGAUGUGUGGAGAUGGCCGUUCAGCAAGCGGACUAUUUGUACCACCUGUACUAGUAGAUGAGAGAGUGAAGGAUGCUACUUUGGCAGAUGUUGUGGAAAGACUUUGCAGUCUCUGCUGCAUGGCAUUGGUUUUGUUGAUUUCUUGACAGCUAUUUAUAUAAUAAUAUAAUGUAUGGAACAUCCACAGUAUUGUAGUAUUUAUAUAUUUUUCUUGUAGAUAGCUGGAACAUCAAUAUUAUCUAUUGGUGCACUUUUAAAACCAUCUUGGACCUUUGGCUGCUUUAUCAUGCCACUCUUGUAUAUUCUUGUCAUCAGCAUAAACAUGCCUGAAUUAUGGUA